AUGUCUCGUCGGUAUCCCAACAGACGCGAACGCCUCCUUCGUCGCUUUUAUGAACCCCUCGUUCUUUUGCAUACCCUAGGUUCUACUAGAGGUGUCCACACAAAUCGCUUGCCGGUAUCGCCUUCAGACAAUUCCCUUGUCAAAGACUGCAGACGAAGUUUCUUGAACGAACUGGCAUAUGUCUGCGACUAUGAGAAGGGCGGUGACACGGUCACUGCUAUCGGCUUGGAGUCAACUCCGCAGGGCUGCACCUUCUGGGUUGCCUCAAAUACCUCACCCACUGCAAAGAUCAUCCCUUUUCUUAAGCUUCUCUUGCAAACACUGGAACGAAUUGCAAACUCCACAGCUCCAGGACAAGGGGAUAAAGAAGACAUCGCUAAAUUAUGCAUUUCUUUUGGUUCCAGGAGGAUUAAGAAGUACCGAUCACUCUUCUCUCGGGAGUUGGCGGGAUGCAGGAAGUUUAUAGCAGCAAACAAGGAAGCCUUGGGUGGCCUCGAGUUGUGGCUACAACGAUUUUGCAACUUUGACCCAAACGACCUAGUUUACCUAUGCAACCUAGCCUUUGAGAAUCGAAAGUCACCAGAUAUGCGACACCUGAAAGAGUUGUGUGACGAACCCCCUUAUAAAGCCAGCAAGGAUGCGAUCCAUAACAAAUUCGGCCGACUCCGUCACUACAUCGGACGCCUUGCCCAUCACAUUCGAGCAGCUAACUCUCUCGUAUCGACCGCAUCUAAGCUCAGACAUUUGCUUAACGGAUUCAGCAUUCGUGCCAUAACUACUCCAGCAAGGGCAGAGUGGCUCCCACCAAUCGAUGAAGCAGCCGUCCGCGGAAAGACCCUACUAGACAAAGUGCUUGUUCGCAUGCUCCCUGCCAAAUCUCCGCAGCUGGGAUUUUACCAACAGGAGCUGCGGAAGAUGGAUGAAGCGACCCAGACCCAACCGUUCGCCCACGAGUUCACGCAGAGGUACAAGUGCUGGAGCAUUUCCACGAAAAAGCACUUGAAUUCGAAGACUCAGAUCGAUAUAUUGCAUGUAGCAAACCGGCUUGUUACUGCUGCAAGCUAUACUUCCGGUACCAUCCAGAUCUACCUGAACUGGCGUCCGCCUGAUGUCAGCUUGAAGAGCGACGCUGGUGCUGCAAAUGGCGAAGAAGAAAAUGAGAGUCAAAUCCUCCAGAGGAAUAUAUUAAACGCGAUGAUUCGGGAAAUCAGGAAGGAUGCGCUGCAUCAAAUCGCUGGAAAGCAAAAGCCAUUUAACUGGCAUCCGGACUCGCAUACCGGGAUUACCCCCACUGUGGCAAUAAACGGGCAGUCGACGGUAGUAGGGAGUGAAUGGGGUGAAGAAAUCGGAGGAUAUGAUGGCGGCCUAAGCAUUGAAGAUAACGGCUCCUGCGCAAGCGUUACAUCGCUCAUUACAACACAGAAAAUACCGGAAUCGCUGAUAGAAGAUGAUUGUGCGUGGGACAGGGUAGAAGAAGGGUUAGGUAUUCGCCAACUCCCGACUCCGACAUAUACCCAUAAUAUCACUGGCACUAUCGAAAACACGCCUCAGUUGAUCAGGCGUGCCAGUUAUUCCACCACUAUUGGACACUGCAGUUUGGGUAGCAUAAGCUCACCAUUGGGCUCUUUUCUCGAGUCUUCUAACUCCAAUGAUGAAGAAGAUUUUGACGAUGAUGGGGGUGUCCGUCUAUAUGACUAA